CGGACUUCUUUUUCCAAUGUGAAAGUUGGAACAUUGGGCAAUUGUCCGUCCAUUCUUAGAUUUAGGUAAACUCGUACAAGAAAUGCAAUCGGUUUUCUGUAAUUGAAUUAUAACCUUAACUUUCAAACAUCAACCAUCCUUAUGUUUUAGUUUCUUGCGUUUCCAGGUCCGCCAAUAUGGCCCAAACACUUGCUUUAAAUAAUGUAUGCACCAAACCGAUUUCUUUCUCUAAUUCUCUUAAAGAGUCAAGGAUAUUAUUGCUAGGAUUAUAUACCAUUUCGUGCAACAAUUUUGCAAGCUUCAUGUUAGCUCGAAUACACGCCAGUUCUACACACUUACAGAAUCCAUAUUUCUAGCUAAUUUAGUGUAUUCAUCCAAAACUUGCUUUUGUAGGAUUUGUUUCUCCCUUGAGGAAUUCAAAUCGCCAGACAUUAUUUUGGAGGUUCAGAACUUGCUCAUUACAACUUAUAUUCAGGUCAACUUGGGUUUAUUAUACGAUGGAGGGCCAUAGGCCUGAAAAGCGAAGGAGAAAUAAUCCUGAUUACUCAAAAUAUGCAUAUGGAAGCAUCGUCCGAGUGAAACUCGUCAAUUUUGUCACAUAUGAGUAUUGCGAAUUUUAUCCUGGUCCAUAUUUAAAUAUGGUUAUCGGUCCUAAUGGUACUGGUAAGAGUACUGUUGUAUCGGCCAUUUGUUUAGGCCUAGGAUGGCCUCCAAAGUUACUUGGAAGGGCUAAAGAAGCUAGGGAAUAUAUCAAAUAUGGAAAAAACAGUGCUACCAUCGAAUUAGAAUUAAAACUAAAAAACAACAAUACCGUUACUAUAACGCGUGUAAUCAAUCAAGAUAAGUCAAGCUCUUUUUCUUUAAAUAAAGAAGCUUGCUCUGCUUCGGCGAUCUCCCAUUUGAUGGAAAAGUUCAAUAUUCAAUUGAAUAAUCUUUGCCAUUUUCUGCCACAGGACAGAGUUGCUGAAUUUGCUCAGUUAGAUCCAUUCACUAGACUAAUCGAAACCGAAAGAGCCAUUGAUUAUGAUGGAUUACUCCUUGAUCACGAAAAACUGAUUGACUUACGAAGAGAGGAAAAAGAUGCUAUGCUAUACAAAGAUCAGGGUCAGAAUACUCUUAAUUCAAUUAAAGAAAGGCAACAGGCUCUUGAAAAGGAAGUAAAGAUAUUUAAAGAUCGUGAAAAGAUCCAAUCUUAUCUUGGUGUGCUGGCCAUAGCGAAAGACCUUGUAAUAUACCGAGAGAAAACGGUAACUUAUAAUCAGUUAAGGGAAAAAAAGAGAGAAAUUAAAGACCAACUAAAACAGUUUAUUGAAGAAUCUCGUCCAGUUUUGAGCCUGACAGACCAAUUUCAAUCGGAUUUGCAAGAUAAGAAAGAGGCUUUCAAUCAAUUAUCAUCCUCACUUCUUGUGUUUAAGCAACAUACGGAAAAGGAAAAGUUAUCUGUUUCCAAAUACAUGGAGAAUGAAAAGCGAAUUUACGAGAAAAUUAAUUCAAACCGUGCCCUAUUGAAAACCAGCCAGGCAGCAGUUCAAGAAGCCCAACGAGCCCUGGAUGGACUUCUGGGAAUGAUGGGACCAAAGCCUUCAGAACAAAACUUUGAGGCUACCCACCAAAGAAUGCAAGAACUCAAUUCAGAAAAAUUGCGCUACGAGAAUGAGAAAUUAGAGUGUUCACACGCCCUUGGUAGCAUACGUACCUCUAAAGCACAAAAACUUCUUGGCAUUGAUAAUUUACGGCGCGAACUAAAUGCUUAUAAUGACCUUACACGGAGAAAGUUAAAGUAUAUAGCAACGACACCUGGCUGGGAAGAUGCUUUUCAUACUUAUCAAAUCUUAAAAGAAAAUGAAUCAACUUUCGAAGAAGCAGCAUAUGGACCUAUUUACAUGCAUUUGGAAUGCAGAGACAAGAAGAUUGCUCCUUUAAUCGAAGGUUUUUUCCGUGCUGAUACGUUUCGAACCUUCGUUAUGUCCAAUUACAAUGAUUAUUUGAAGUUGAUGGAUCUUAUUACUUCGAAAACAAGAUAUACUCCUACAGUACGAGAAUUUUCUAGUGAACGGAACAAGAGACUUAGUGAUUUCCAAUAUAUAUGUUCUCGUGACAAACUCAAGUCAUUUGGAUUUGAUGGUUAUUUGAUAGAUUAUUUAGAAGGACCAGAAGUUGUCUUGGUAGCCUUGUGUCAUAUGCUAAAAAUUCAUCAAAUUCCUGUUGCAGAAAAGGAAUUAUCUACCGCUUCUGUCAAUGCUCUUAACAACUAUCGCUUACCAAAUGGUGAUCCUGUGUUUAAAUCAUAUCUUGCAGGUUCUUCAAUACAUCUUGUUUUCCGUUCCGCUUAUGGUAACAGAGAAUUAACUCAAAGAACGGAUCCUCUUCCUUCUAAUAGUGUUUAUUUUUCUGAAAGUGUCGAACCAUCACUAGUAAAAGAAAAGGAAGAGCAACUAAAUUCUCAGACGUCUGGACUUAAUGAAUUGCAAGCUAAUGAAAGUAAAUUGCAGAAUAAAGUCGGCGAAUGUGACGCAUUGAUUUCUGAAGCAAAUGAAAGUAUCACAAAUUUGCGUAAAGAAAGAGAUGAAAAAUUGGUUCCUUUACGAGAAUGGCAAGCUUUGAACGACAAAGCAAAUCAUCAGCGUCUGGUUUUAGACCAACGAAAAAAGAAUCCGGGUCAAUAUGAAAGAGAAUUGGAGAAUAGUAAGGAAUUACGCAGAGAAAAUUGCAUGGCCCUUAUGGAUUCUAUAACAAAAUUGAAAGAUUGGAAUACAAAAGCAACGAUUGAAUUUGAGAAAACCCUAGGUUCACGAUUGAACGUAAUUGAAGCCGAAUAUCGGUUACAGAAACACGAGCUGGAUGCGGAACAGGUGAACACUAUGAUGCGUGAACUGCAUGAUAAACAACAAGAAACUUCAGCAAGGAUUGCUGAAGCAAGAAAAGAUGCGAUGGAGACGUAUAAUUCCGUCGUGGAGCGCUUGCAAAAUGAAGAUCAAGAGCGACAGACAUCAAUUACUGAAGAAAGCGAAAACUUUUCAACAGUUUCCGAGGUUGAAAAUAAAAUUAGUGUGGAAGAAACAAAGCUUGGAUUUAUGAACGUGAAUAACUUUGUUAUGGAGCAAUAUGACCGCCGAAAGUUAGAAAUAGAGGAAUUAGAGAUGAAAUUGAGUAGACUUGACGAGACCAUUCUUUCAACGCAAGAAAAGAUUGAGGAUAUAAAGAGAGUUUGGCUAGUUAAAUUAGAGGGUGUUAUUGAGUGUAUAACUGAAAGAUUCUCAAAAAGCAUGUCUAGUAUGGGAUACGCAGGCGAAGUACGUUUGGGAAAAGCAGAAGACUUUGAUAAAUGGCGUAUAGAUAUCAUGGUGCAAUUUAGAGAAGCAGAAGGACUGCAGAAACUUACUGGCCAACGACAAUCGGGAGGUGAACGAUCUGUUUCGACUAUAAUGUAUCUACUGGCUCUUCAGGGCGUCGCUACUGCACCAUUUCGUAUCGUAGAUGAAAUCAAUCAGGGUAUGGAUCCUAGAAAUGAACGUGUCGUUCAUUCUCAUAUCGUCAACUCGACAUGCGAAACCCCCUCAUCUCAAUACUUCCUGGUUACUCCUAAGCUUCUUCCAGACUUGACUUACCAUCGUAACUUGAAAGUGCUGUGCAUAUGCAAUGGAAGCUGGCUUCCAAAUACUUUCCGAUUGUCUCUUACUUCAUAUUUAGAAAACUUGAAAAGCAAAGUGCUUUUGCCUGCUCCUUGAAGAUAUCAAUGUGAGACCGGCAAAUUUCUCAAUGAGGCACUGUAUAUUACAUUGGGGUUUUUUGGAAUCUAUUUCAUACCUUUCAUAUUAAAUAAUUACAUUCUAGCUUAUAUUUAUUAUUACGGAGUUACUUUUCAAUAGAUCAUAAUAUUUUACAUGUUAGUAUUUACCGUUGGGAACAG